UGAAGUUAAACAAAACCACAGACUCUAUGAAGACCGCCCGAUGUCUCGCCGCGGAUGUUCAGAGGACUCGGAAGCCAGGCAAACUCUUCUCAGCAGCAGUGAGUCGGAGCCAGAAGAAGUGGAUUCAGAUGGAGGUGAAGACAUAUUGUAUAGUAGCCAACGCAUCCCCUCUCACGAUGACCAGGGAAGUGCACCAAGAAGGUUAACCUAUGAGGAAGCAGUUGAAGAAGCAGGUUUCGGGGUGUUCCACGGGCUGCUGCUGCUGGUGUGUGGCUGGGCCAAUGCCAGCGAUGCGGUGGAGAUCCUGUGUGUGUCCUUCCUGUUGCCCACGGCACGCUGCGACCUGCGGCUCAGCUCCUCCGACAUGGGGCUGUUGACUGCCAGCAUCUUCCUGGGAAUGAUGGUGGGAGGCUACCUGUGGGGGUACCUGGCUGACCUGAGGGGGCGCAAGAGGGUCUUAAUCGUGUCUCUGAGCGUUAACGGUGUGUUCGGUGCCAUGGCUAGCUUGGCCCCGUGGUUCUGGCUUUUCCUGCUAAUGCGGUUCAUCAGUGGUGUGGGGGUGGGAGGCUCCAUCCCGGUCAUCUUCUCCUACUUCUCGGAGUUCCUGCCCCGUCUCAGACGAGGAGCCAUGAUCAGCUCGCUGGCCACCUUCUGGAUGGCAGGAAACAUCCUGGCUGCAGGCCUGGCCUGGUGGGUGAUCCCUGCGUCCUGGGCUCAUGUCCAGCUGGGGCCGCUGACCAUGCAGAGCUGGAGGGUCUUCGUGGUGCUCUGCUCGGUCCCUAGCCUCAGUUCAGCGCUGCUCUUCAGCCUCAUGAUGCCCGAGAGCCCCAAGUUCCUCAUGGAGGCUGGACGGAAGAAGGAGGCGCUCCAUGUGUUCCGUGUGAUGUUUUCCGUGAACCACUGGAGAUCCAGCAAGACCUUUCCGAUGUUUGGCCUGGUCACGAGUUCCCCGCGAUCGCAGACGCGCGUGAGCAGCCAGGCGUCCUGCUGUGGCCGCCUGCUGGAAAUGGGCCUGGCUCCCAUCAGACAGAUUUUCUCCGGCCCCCUGAGAUCCAGGAGUUUUGUCCUCCUGGUGGUCUUCUACACCAUCUCCUUCGGGUACUACGGGCUGUGGAUGUGGUUCCCGGAGCUGUUUAAGAGGACUGAAGAUGGAGGCUCCCCGUGUGCCAACGUGUCCCGCGCGCCCCAGCUCCUGAACCAGUCCUCCUGCUACCCGCCCAACACAGCAGUUUAUAUGGAGGGCUUCAUCGUUGCCGCCUCAAACCUACCCGGCAACAUCUUCACCAUCUUCGUGAUGGACCGCGUCGGAGGAAAGACGCUGCUCUCCUGCAGUCUGAUGGUGUCCAGUGUGAGCGUGUUCUUCAUCUACAUGGUCCAGACCAAGGCCGGCAGCCUGGUUCUGUCCUGCAUCUUCAGCGGGGUGUCUGUGAUCGGCUGGAACGCCCUGGACGUGGUGGGCACGGAGCUCUACCCCACCCAGCUACGGUCCUCUGCGCUGGGCUUCUUCACGGGGGUGGGGCGCGUGGCGGCCAUCACGGGGAACGUGGUGUUCGGCAGCCUGGUGGACAGUAACUGCGCCGUGCCCAUCCUCCUGGUGUCGGCCCUGCUGUUGGCCGGGGGGCUGGUGGCCCUUCUGCUCCCCCAGACCAAGCAGACGGACCUCAGCUGAGACCCCCAGCUGAAUCCCCCCGCUGAGCUGAGCCCGGCUUCUCAUCUGCCGGUCAACAGAGGAUAUUUAUAGAUUUUUGUGGAUCAAAAUGAUCCCAGUCCCAUGUCGUACAUUGACGAAAUAUGCAUUCCGGAUUAUAGGACUGAUUCGAUCAUCCGGUCCGAUCUGAUUUCGAACAUUUCGGUGUGGAAAUCUAUUUUUUGGAGGAUUAAGACACAUAUCCUGACGGGAACAUGUUUGAACUCUGCGGCCCUGAUGUACGAAGUUGUGAUGCAAUCAUUCUAGAUGUCCACCGGAGACAUCCACCAGAUGUUUCUGUAAACGAGACUCUGUUUCUCGGCACUGCCUCUGAAGCUUGCUAGCUCACUGUGAUGUACUCCACACUCCUCAAGCCUUUGUUUGAUGGGAAAGCAAUGUGAAAAAAACAGUGUCAUACUUAAAUUGAUAUUACAUGUUAUAAGGGGUGUAUUGUGUUUGACUUUUGAGAAGUCAAAGAAAAGAGGGUAUUAAGCUCUGCCUCGUUGUAAAAAUGUGACUAAAGGCUCAUUUUAGUAGCACAUUGUACUAUCAUAUAACUGCUGUCCGAUAAUCAUGCAUUCAAUAUAUUAAUUCAUGUUAGGAUAUUAGGUUAUUUUCCUCCUCAUUCAUUUUUAGACACUAAUAAAUAUGUUCUUAAUA